UUCAGGAAAUGUUUACAAUUUUGAAGGACCAAUUGUUGGAGCUGCCAAAAAACAGGCACGACAUUUUGAAACGAUUUUUAAAUUACUUUGAAAAGGAAUGGAUGGUUAAAACCACUCCUGAUGUAUUCUCUGUGCGCGCUCAGGUUGUGCGAACAACAAGCUCAUUGCAGUCCUUCAACGCUGCAUUAGCUCGGAAAUUGCAAAAGCAUGGCCGCUUCGACCAAUUUCUCGAAGUUAUUCGAGAUGAGGUCUAUGCUACAAGCGUAAUUUUAGCUAAUGCUCUGGAUGGCGACUUAACCGCGCAAAGCGCAAAGUGAAAAAAGGAGAGAGUCAACGACAACAAAAUAGAAGAGCUUAUCAGGGACUUGGAGAGCGCAACAAUAUCAUUAAACGAGUUUUUUGGCAGCCUAAUUAAU